AUGGUGUGUUACGAGAGUAUUUUAACACCAAAGCUGAUUGUCAGUAUUUUAAUGGUGAUUUUUGUGAUCCAUCACAAUGCAAAUGCUCAACAUUUUGAAGGUAGACGUCUAAAACCAUGCGAGUUAGAGUCAUUGUUACGAGAUUUGACUUAUCCUGAUGAAACAUAUAAAAUGCACGCAACAGCUCUGCGCAAUCAGCUACGUCAUAUUUUGGAACACGAUCCAUCGGAAAAUUAUCAAAAUGUAGAUGAUGGUUCCGAGUAUUCAGGAAGCCCAUUCGAGGACAAGCGUUCCUAUCAUUCUUUGGUGCGAGAUGGUGGUGCAUUUGAGAAAAGAAACGUAGGUGCACUGCCACGGGCUGGAUUACUGAAAAACCAACCGGAAUACCUCAAACGAAGUUUGGCAACUCUCGCUAAGAAUGGUCAGCUACCGUCUCGCGAUCCAGAAUCAGAAGACACUACUCCGGAUGACGAGUGGAGCGAAGAUAAGCGUAACAUUGCUUCCGCUUUUAAGUCAGGGUACAUGCUCAACAGUAAACGUAAUAUAGCAUCUUUGGCCAGAAAAUAUGAGUUGCCUGGCAAACGAAACAUUCAAUCUUUACUUCGAACUGGUAUGCUUCCAUCGAUUGCGCCCAAACGAAAUAUACAGUCACUCGCCCGUGACAAUGCACUUACUGGAUAUGGAAAUGUGGAUAAACGGAACAUUCAAACGUUGGUUCGCGACUGGAGUUUGCCGAGGCAGAGCAAUAAACUUUCCGAGGGCAGCAGUUCUACAAGUGAUAAUGAAAAACGUAACAUUCAAUCGUUAAAAAAUAUGCAAGCACAUGGACGCAAGAAGCGUUCGAUGUAUUAUGAUGAAAUUGAAGAAAGUAGUCCGGAAGUUUUGGAACCCGUCUAUCAAACGGCUCCGUUAGAUUACGAGGAGCUUAUGGAUGCAAUGGUUCAAACAUAUCCAUUUUACAAUUCCGACAAUCAUCUGGAAGAGAAGCGCUUUCUUGAUGUACUGAAAAACGAUGACACCACAUUUCAUGGAGUAGACGGAGCAGACUGGAAAUUGUCAUUGCUGACCAUGCCGAUCAUUAAGCGCCAUCUUGCCUCAAUUGUUCGCUCAGGCUGGACACCAUCUUUUCGGCCUUCGCGUGGAAAUCGCUUCAGUCGGGCUGGCAGGGCGAGGUCUCAAAGA